UUCCCUCUGUUACUUUUUGUCUCUAUAUAUCUUCUUCUCUCUCACAGACAUUAAUAAAAAAAACAGACAAACAGAAUGUAUCAAUCAAAUCUUGUCAGAAACGAAGUAACAAUACCUUUACUCCCAAAAAUAUCUCACGACGAGAAAUUGCAUGUACUUAAAAAUCACAGUGCUCCUCUCUCUCUUUUCGUAAAUGAAGCAAUCUCAAUAGCUAGAAUCUCUCUCCCAUUGGUGUUCACAGGUCUCCUCCUUUACUUCCGCUCCUUCGUCUCUCUGUUUUUCCUCGGAGGUCUCGGUGACCACACACUCGCUGGCGGCUCCCUAGCUCUUGCAUUCGCCAACAUAACCGGUUACUCCUUCUUCUCCGGUUUAACCAUGGGAGUUGAAUCAAUCUGCUCCCAAGCCUUCGGCGCAAGACGUUAUAACCUCGUCAUGGCCACGAUCCGGCGAGGAAUCAUUCUCCUCCUAUUCACAUCUCUCCCCGUUUCUCUUCUCUGGAUCAACAUCGACAAGGUUCUCAAAACGUUGAAACAGGACAAGGAGCUUGUGUCCGAAGCUCACACAUUUCUGCUUUACUCUGUUCCCGAUCUCAUCGCUCAAUCUUUCUUACACCCGUUAAGAGUUUAUCUCAGGACACAGUCAAAGACUCUUCCUCUAUCAAUCUGCACGGCGGUCGCGAGUGUUCUCCACUUGCCCAUCACGUUCUUCCUCGUGUCCUAUCUCGGUUUGGGUAUUAAAGGUAUCGCCUUAAGUGGGGUUGUCUCAAACAUCAACCUUCUCGCCUUUCUCUUCAUCUAUAUCGCUUUCUUGGAAGACAAGCUAAGAGACGAUGACGAGGAAGGUGAGGAGGUUUCAGAGGAGUCGUGUGGGAGAGAAUGGAAGAAACUUCUCGGUCUGGCCAUACCGAGUUGUGUAUCGGUUUGUCUCGAGUGGUGGUGCUAUGAGAUCAUGAUUGUGCUUUGUGGGUUACUUAUAAACCCUAAAGCAACCAUUGCUUCAAUGGGAAUCAUCAUCCAGUUCACUUCUCUUGUUUACAUUUUCCCUAACUCGUUGAGCUUUGGAGUCUCCACUCGUGUGGGAAACGAGCUGGGUUCGAACCAGCCACAACGAGCGAGAAGAGCUGCCAACGUUGGGCUCGGUCUCAGUAUCGCUUUAGGGUUUACGGCUUUCACGUUCACGUUCUCGGUCAGAAACAUGUGGGCUAGGAUUUUCACUGAUGAUGAGGAAAUCAUUAAGUUAACUUUGAUGGUUCUACCAAUUGUUGGCCUUUGCGAGCUUGGAAACUGCCCUCAGACGACCGGGUGUGGCGUUCUAAGAGGUUCAGCGAGGCCGAGGAUAGGAGCUAACAUUAACAUGGCGGCGUUUUAUGUGAUUGGUAUGCCAAUGGGAAUGGUUAUGACGUUUUGGUUUGGGUUUGGAUUCAAGGGACUUUGGCUUGGAAUGCUCGCGGCACAGAGUGUGUGUGUGAGUGGUAUGAUGGUGGUGACGUGUACGACUAAUUGGGAGGUGGAGGCGGUAAGGGCUAGGGAGCUCACUGCGGUGGAUGGUGGAAGAGGCGGCGACGACAAAGACGUGGAGGUCGGGAAGGUUGAUUAUCAGGGAGGAAUGAGGUCUUUAGGAGUGAUAGAAGACUGCUUUGUUUCAUGA